ACCUCCCAAAAAAAAGUUGGAGUCCCAAACUAAACGACGUCGUUUUCGUCUAAAAAACACAGCCCUGCUCAAAAAUCCAGCCUUUGCUCCUCAAUCAUCUCUCAAAAAUCCAGCCCCUGCUCCUCAAUCAUCUCCAUCUCCUUCUUUGCCCCUUCUGCAAUCAUCUCCAUCGCCUCCUCACCUCUUCACCCAAAAAGCUCACCAGUAAUGUCACCCCCUCUGCAAUCAUCUCCAUCUUCCCCUCCAAAGUGUUGGCAGGCUGUAGCAAGCAGGAGUGCAGAUGCGCAGGAUUGGGGGCGCAGAGUGCAGGAGGCGCAGCAGGGUGUAGCAGGGCGCGGCCUCGGGUGCAGCAAGGCGCAGGCUCAGGUGCAGCAAGCGAGGGGGCGCAGCAGGGCUUGAUCGCCUUUGAUGGCGGCUAGCUGAAAUGAAGGCUCGGGAGAUGA